AUGCUCGCAAUCUCAACACGCACCCUCUUCCUCAACGCCGGCCUCGCAAACUUUGCCAUCGUUCCCGUCUCGCUGUUCUUCACAAACGAGGCCAUAACGAGGGAAGACCCGUUUUUUGACGCAAAGGGGUGUGCUCUGAUUGUGCUUUGGGGGGUGGUUUAUAUUGCUACUAGCGGGGUUGCUGAGACAUCCCCCCUCCUCUGCCUCGCCUUCACCCUCGAAAAAGCCAUCUACGUCAUCCACUACCUGCGGACCGCAUCCGUGCAUCGGCGGAGAGCGCUUGCCGGCAAGGCGACGUUGCGGAGGACGCUUGCUGCGUUGUUUUUUGCGACGUAUGGGGUUGCGGAUGCACUUUUUGGGGUGGGGUUUGCUGUUACUGGGUGGAGGGCGCUGAUGAGGGGUGCUUCAGUCUAG